UCGGAAGUAAAGCUGUGCAGUUUGCUGGCGGUUCCGGGAGGCGACGGCUGGAAGGUCCGCCUCCAGCCGGUGUGGGUCGGGCAGUCCGCCGGGAGCUCCUGGCUGCUCCCCGAGUGCCCCCGGGGCGCCAGCGGGAGGGCGGGCUCUCCGCUCAGACGGAACUUUCUCGCAGGUGUUCGGGUUCCCUCCCCUCUUCUCGCGCCCAGCAGCCCAUGACCCUUUUUGUGCCCCCAGUUAUUGCUCCCCAGCGUCGCUGCCUGUAUUCUCUCAUCGAGCCACGGGUGCGGUCGCUGAUGCAGGUGUUGGAAGCACAGCCAGGCACACGGCAGGGAGCCUGAAGAGGCCGACCGUAGUGCCGAGUCACUUGCCAUGUUGGAAAGUGGUCAAGUGCUGUUGAAAACCAGAAGAAAGGGAAAGCCAGGAAAACAAGGUGUGAGACCACAGCUGGCCCAAUGCUGCUGAUGAGCCUCAAAUCCAGGGCAUUGUGUCACACAUCAGGCCAACAGCAGCUGCACUGUGGGUCAGCAAGGGCCCUCUGGCUGGCAUCCACCAGGCCACCUCAAAACAUGUUGCCUGGGCAAAGUCGGAACUGACUCUGGAAGUUUGACCCAAGCAGCUGGGAAGAAUCUGGACACAGUGGAAGACCAUAAAGAAAGCUGGGUAAAAAGAUGCAGCAGGUGAUAGCAUCACAUGAGCAUCCAGGACCAGCGCUGCUGUGGAUCCCUGGUGCCCAGCCCCUGCAGGAAAAAGCCCUGCCGAGCCCUCAGCAUCCAGCUGCUGCCAGAGAUGGAAGCUGGGGAGCCGGAACCCGGCCGAGAGAGGAGCCCAGGGCGACCACAGCCAGGAGCUGGGCCUGGGGAAGCAGCGGCUCCCACGCCCUCCCUGCAGACACAGCCCCGCCACAGCUACCUGCUCACCUCCCAAAUCAGGACUGCACGGCUGCACUGCCCCGGCACCCGCUGACCUCCCUGACCUUCGAGGACGUGGCUGUGCGCUUCAGCAGCCCAGAGUGGCGGUGUCUGAACCGCAUGCAGAGGCUCCUCUACACAGACGUGAUGCUGGAAAACUAUAGGAACAUGUUGGCAGUGGGUUCUGCUUUCCCUAAGCCUCCUCUGAUUUCCCAGCUGGAGCAAGGGGCCGAGCCCUGCCUUCCGGACCAGGGGUUCCUGAGCUGCUUCCCAGUAUCACCUGACAAGUCCCGGCCUGGGAAUGAGAAGGCUAUUUUGGAACAGGAGGUUUUGGAGAGUGGGAACGUCUGCAGGGUACAAGUCAGACCUCUCCUGGAAGUCCUAUCCUGGGAUCCUGAGGCUGGAGCGGCUUGUGUGCAGGAGGCCAAGUUAAAGAACCCGGGAGACACGCCGGGGAAGGAAACACUGGGAGAAGACAAGGUGGCCUGCGAGGGAGGAAAGACCCAGAAGGUCCUCAGAAAAAACUCCAGUCUAUCCUCCAAACACGUCCCACGUGAGGGCGUCCUUACGGAGCGGACACCCCACGGAUGUGCCGAGUGUGGCAGGACCUUCAGCUGGCGCUCCGACUUGAUUCUGCACCUGCGCCUGCAUUCUGGAGAAAAGCCCUACGUGUGUAACCAGUGCAGGAAAGCGUUCAGGACCAGAAAGCAGCUCUCCGUGCACCGGAUCAUCCACACAGGGGAGAGACCCUUCGACUGUGGCCAGUGUGACAAGGCCUUCAACAGCAGGUCGGCACUGUGCCGACACAGAAGAGUGCACAGCGGGGAGAAGCCCCACGGCUGCGGCGUCUGUGGGAAGGCCUUUGAGACCAGGAGCCGGCUAAGCCUGCACCAGCUGGUGCACAACGGGGAGAGGCCACACGCGUGCACAACAUGCGGGAAGGCCUUCCAGCUCAAGCACAGCCUCACCCUGCAUGCCAGGAUGCACAGCGGAGAGCGGCCGUACGGCUGUGAGCAGUGCGGGCGCGCCUUCCGCGGCAGCUCGGACCUCAGCAAGCACCGGAGGGUGCACACUGGGGAACGGCCCUAUGAGUGCGGCCAGUGCGGGCAGACCUUCCGCCGCAGCUCCGACCGCAGCAAGCACGCCAGGACGCACGCGCACGGGGAGGCCCGGCGGUGCCCACGCUGCGGACAGGCCUUCGGCAGCCCGGCGGAGCUCGCCAGGCACCGGCUGGGCCACGCCUCGGACAGGCCGUACGCGUGCGGCGAGUGCGGCAGGUCCUUCCGCCACGACUGCCGGCGCCGGGCGCACGAGAGGGCGCACGCCGGGGAGCAGCCCUACCCGUGCGCGCACUGCGGGAAGGCCUUCCGCGACCGCCACUGCCUGGCCGUCCACCAGAGGGUGCACACCGGCGAGAGGCCGUACGCCUGCGCCCAGUGCGGCAAAGCCUUCCGUGGCCGGUCCAACCUGGCCAGCCACCUGCGGACCCACACUGGCGAGCGGCCGUACACCUGCCAGGUGUGCGCCAGGGCCUUCCCGCAGCGCUCUGGCCUGAGGCAGCACGCGCGCAUCCACACCGGCGAGAAGCCCUACGGCUGCCGGGAGUGCGGCCGGGCCUUCCGCCAGCGUGCGGCCCUGCUGGGGCACCAGCGCGUCCACACCGGCGAGAAGCCCUACGAGUGCGAGCAGUGCGGGAAGGCCUUCAGGGUCAGUGCCAAUCUCACCGGACACAAGCGAAGGCGGCACCGGGCACAGAGAGCCCACCGACUGGAGGACGGUGGCACAGGCCUCCCCUCGUAGCUACUGUUUGACCGGACACUCGGGGGAGCCAGCCUGCCCGCUUCUUCCUGAUGCCUGACCCCUGACUGAGGUCCUAGAGCCUGACCUUCCUGGUCAGCAUUGUAGGAGUGCGUCUACUGCCCAGGCCUUGCCAAUCGGUAAUAGUAAUGCUAAAUAGUGUUUUCCACGUGCCAACCGCCCUUCUAAGGGCUUUGCCAUUUUAACUCAUUCAAUCCAUAACAUCCCUAGAGGAUGAGGACAUUAAGGCAGGAAAAGAUGAGACCCACGCAGGGUCACUUGACUAGUAAGUUCUGCACAGAUGCCUGCUGCACACUCCCUUUUGCACCACACCUCUUAGCCUACAACUCAUUUCAUGGAGCAUGUUUUAGUUGAUAAAAUAUUAAUGAUUUGUAGCAAGGUUUUUCUGUCUCUUUUUAACUUAAAGUCUGAAUGGUCCUCUUCUAUGUGGAAUCAAGAUUGCUGAGAUUAGGAUGGGAAGGGAAUGCAAGACAGGGCAGAUUUAGAAGUUACAGAUAAGUGGGAUCCAGCUAAGGCUGCUCUAGUAACAGCUUACAUAGGGAAAGAGCAUGAAGCCCAUCUCACUUUGUUAUAAAUAGAUCAAAAUGUUGAUUUCAUAAAUAUUUUCUGUAUUUAUUUGCAAAACAUAUGAAAUGCUCUUUCAAAUGUACUAGAAAUUUGCAUCUCUUUAUAAGUCUUUCAACAUCUCUUAACACACACCCUUCCUCUUUCAAAUAUUACAAGUCCUUUUCACAGACGAUUAAAAUAAAUACCCACAGCCAAUAAGGCUGUUAAAUGGAAAAUCCUACGGUGGCUCAGUUGGUUAAGCAUGGGACUCCUGAUUUCAGCUCAGAUCAUGGUCUCGGGGUCGUAAACUGAGCUCCCCACUCAGCUCAGAGUCUGCUGGAAAUUCUCUCCCUCGGUUAAAAAAAAUAUAUAUAUAUAGGAGAUGCAAAUAUGCCAACCUGAUUAACAUAAUGACCAUAAUUGAGAAUUAUAUUUAGUUCUAAAUUCCUCAGCUGGUUUAAAAAAAAAAAAAAAAAAAAAGAGCAGUGGGUCAUCCCACAUUUCUCAAAGGUGUUUCACCAGUUAAAGCUUUUAAAAUAAUGACUUUAGGAAAUGCUACCUAGGGGUUUUUUUAAUUCCCUUAAAGACUUCUCGGAGUCUAUAAUAUGGUAAACUCAAUCUUAAAACAGGAAUAAAAAGCAUUGCUUUCCUAGAGUAACUGACCAAACACAGUCCUGUUUGAAGCAUCUUCAUGGGCUCCUGUUUCACAGAAAACCUUUUGGGAAAUGGUUACACAUUAAUACUGAAAAACAAGGUGUCCAAGAGAUGGAUUUUCUAGUAACAAAUUCCAGAAAAGAUUACAUGGUUUCUCAUUUAAAAAAAAAAAAAAGCAGAUUAAAACGUUGUUCCUUUAGUUUCUACAGGAAAUUUCAUGUUUUUUA